AUGGUCCUGUGGGACUAUUGCAACAUGGAAAAGUGUCCGGAUAAUAGACGGGUCAGUCGCAGACGACUCAUGUUGGCUCUAAUAGUGGAUGUGAUAUUUUUUCUUAUUGUGGGUAUUCCGGUUCUUUACUUGUUCCUUCAGGGUCAGCCCUUUAUCAGGGGCUUUCAAUGCGAUGACCCCUCCAUCUCCCUCCCCUACCGGCCAGAUACAAUCAGUACACCUGUUCUUAUCGUCGCCGGAUUUGGGACCUCUGUCUUUUGCGUCGUUAUUGUGGAGGUUUUAAACGCCAUCAACAGGAAGUGUCGGCGACCAUGCUCAACAUUGGAAGACUUACGGUUCUGCGCAAAGGGAUUUUCUGUGUUCCUCGUCGGGUUCGUAGUUCAAACACUGUUCGUAGAAUUCGUAAAGAGACAGCUUGGAUUCUUGAGACCAAACUUCAUUGAUGUAUGUCAGCCGCAGUUUAACAGAUCGCUUUGCCCCUCCUUCAUUACCGAGUACACGUGCAGCGGAAGUGAUCACGACGCCGACGAGAUUCGUGACAGCCGACAGUCAUUUCCAUCCGGGCACUCGGCGUUCUCCAUGUUCAUAUCCGUUUUCUAUUGCUUUUACAUACAGGGACGUCUCCGCAUCAGUUUUUCACGAAUUCUGAAGUUUUUCAUGCAAGCUGCUCUAGUCUUCACUGCAUCUAUCUGCGGCCUGAGUCGAAUCAGGGACCACAAACACCAUGCCUCAGACGUCAUCGUCGGAUUUGCCGUCGGUGCAGCUGUCGCCGUAUUUGUGGUAGAGAACUAUGUAUAA